AUGAAUACGAUAUCUUACAUUUCGAAUAGUUUGAUCACAUCGAUCAGAGAGGAGGGCGGCAAGGAGGAGCAAGAGGAGCUGCAACCUGCUCUACCAGACGAGAAGCCGUUCUGGUUCGUGCUUCUGUUCUUGCCAAGGUUGUUGCUAGUGAAACCGUUGCUGUUCUCGUGGUAUCUGCUAACGUUCCCAUUGACUUUGUUCGAACAGAACAACAGUAACAACGGCAGAUCUAGGGACUCGCAGACGGCGAACAGUCUGUCGGAUGCUUCCUCGAUCGCUAACAACAAUGCGUUCUAUGUCACAAAGGGCCGUAAGAGAACCGAGCAAUUGCAGAACUUGGAUUCCGUGCUCGAAGACGACAUGAAAGGCGGCGAAAUGAUACUACAACGAGACACAGUCAAGGGUUCUUUGCUUAACGCUUCGAACCUAUACAAAGUCCCUGGUGCUGCUGGCAGCGGUAAAAAUAACUCGGCGGUCAAGUCUAUGUCCUCGUCCGUAGCGUUCGGCACAAAGAAGAUGGGGAGGUUCUUGUUCCCUAAAAAACUGAUUCCAAGAUCCAUAUUGCAUAGUGGGAGGAAGAAGAAACUCGUUCUAGAUCUAGACGAGACUCUGAUCCAUUCCAUCUCUAGAUCAAACUCCAACUCGAACAACGCACAGGCGCAUCUGGUGGAAGUGAAAUUCCAAAUCAGCGGCAUAUCGACUUUGUAUUACGUCCACAAGAGGCCUUAUUGCGAUCUGUUCUUAUCUAAUGUAAGUAAAUGGUACGAUUUGAUCAUUUUCACUGCAUCAAUGAAAGAGUACGCAGACCCUGUUAUCGACUGGCUAGAAUCCUCAUUUGUAGGAAACUUCUCGAAGAGGUACUACAGAAACCAUUGUAUUCUCCGAGAUGGCGUAGGUUACAUUAAGGAUCUGUCGAUAAUUAAUGAUACUAAUGAUGAUCAUGGAAAUGAGCUCGUUAGAGCUAAUUCGAUAUUGCAUGAAAUUAUAUUGAUAGAUAAUAGCCCCGUCAGUUAUGCAAUGAAUGUAGAUAACGCUAUUCAAGUGGAAGGAUGGAUAAGUGAUCCCACAGAUCAAGAUUUGUUGAAUUUAUUACCCUUCUUGGAGUCAUUGAGGUAUACUACAGACGUUAGAAACAUAUUGUCAUUAAAGAAUGGGGAAAGAGCAUUUGAUAUCAAUUAA